UCCAGUAGGCCAAACGUCAACAAAAAUUUUGACAGACAAUGACCAAUUGUUUUUUGUUUUUAAGGCUUUAAUUAAGAGGCCACUGUUGCGGUAAGCAAAUAAACAAGGAUCCAAGAUGCCCAGCUCGCCAGGAUUACAGCCGGGGGAGCAGUAUUCCUCUGUAACGGGCCUCAUCUAUGUCUUCAACCUGAUCGUGGGGACGGGCUGCCUCACCCUCCCCGCCGCCUUCGCCGCCACGGGAUGGGCGCUGUCCACGGGAGGCAUCGUGUUGCUCGCCGUCGUCAGUUACAUGACGGCCACGUGGGUGGUGGAGAGCAUGGCCUGCGCCAACGCCAUCAACCACUGCCGACGCAUGAAGCAGCUCAAGAAGAGGGGCCAGGUAGCCGACGAACUAGUGAGCCGCACACUAGAAAAUGCUGAAGCUGACCAGCGAUCGACCGACACCUCCGAAGACCACGACGAUCACGAUGAAGAGCUUCCGCUGAUCACAGAUGGAGUCAUUGAAAGAACUGUCGGAGAAUACUAUGCGAUCCAGGAGCAAAUCGAGAUGGGGCAAAUGGCGAAACUCUUUUAUUCUACAGUGUGGGUCAAGGUUUUUUACAUCGUACUUUGUGUAUACCUGUAUGGAGAUCUUGCCAUAUAUGAAGCGGCAGUUGCCAAGUCUAUCAGAGACAUAAUCUGUGACUAUGUGCCAGAGAACUGCACCAAGGAACUGUUAGAUUCCGACCCAUGUUUCACCGAUCCUAGCCGGUCCCACAUGUCCAGAAUGGAAAUGUAUAGAAUCUGUACUUUUAGUUUUGUUGGGGUCAUGGGUCCCUUUGUCUUCUUCAAUCUCACAAAGACUAAGUAUAUGCAGAUCUUGACUACCAUCACAAGAUGGCUCGCGAUGGGCACCAUGAUCACAUGGGCCAUUGUGCUCUUGGCGGAAGGGAAGAACCAGGGUCACCCCCCUGCGGCCGAUAUCACCAAGCUCCCUCAGUUGUUUGGGGUGUGCGUAUAUAGCUUUAUGUGUCACCAUUCCUUACCAGCACUCAUUACGCCAAUAAGUGAAAAGAAGUCUAUUUUGAAGCUGUUAGGUGCAGAUUACCUGUUGAUUCUUCUGUUCUAUUUGCUGUUGGCAUUUACUGGGAUCUUUGCCUUUGCACACCUCAAUGACCUUUACACCCUGAACUUCCAACCAGACAGGUGUAAAGAUGUUGAUACUCCAAUGGCUAUUUACUGUCUUCAGGUGUUCCUUCUGCUGUUUCCAGUGUUUACCCUUAGCACCAACUUCCCCAUCAUAGCCAUCACCUUGCGGAACAACCUCAAGGGCCUCUUCCUGAGGGAAACGCGGCGCUACUCCUUCUUCACCUCGAGAUGCCUCUUCCCUCUCCUGGCCAUCAUCCCGCCCACAAUUGUUGGACUCGUCACCUCCAACGUGGAAUUCCUGGUGGGAAUCACGGGGGCUUACGCUGGCUCCAUCAUCCAGUAUGUUGUUCCCGCGACUUUGGUCCAUUAUGCGAGAAAGAUGACCCUAGAGCACAUCGGCAUGGGAGUGAAGAACCCCUUUUCCUCGCCCCUUCAGCAUUACAUGUGGCUCAUUGCCAUAUGCUUGUGGGCAGGCGUAUGCCAAAUCUUUGUGACGUUGUAUUUGGUAGGGAAGGACUCGUAUUAGAUCUAUAAGGAAAGAUGAUUUAUGUGCUUGUCACACUGUAUAUAUCCAUUGUAUAUACUGUAUAUACAAGUUUCAUAUUCCACAAGAAAUACACAGUAUAGGAGUGAAUGUGUAUAGAUUUUCUGCAUUUUUAGAGAUAUUUUAUAUAGGUGAAUUGGGUAUUGCAAUGUUAUGUUAACCACAUAGUUAAGUGAAGAACCUUACAAUUUUUAGUCAUAUGAACCAAAAAAUACAAAUUAAAUGAGAAAAAUUCCUUUUGUUUUAGAGGUGCGUUCAUCUGUUGUUGUUGGUCAUCUUAGUGAUUUUAUUUUUUUAGAUGAACUGUCAUCCAAUGUUUUUUUUAAUGGGGGAAUAAAGCAAUGAGUAAUGUGCAUUGCCCAUUUGUCAGACCAAAGAAAGCUAAAAGAGGGAAAACAAAGUAAAGUAAUUAUUGUAUGUGUGAAACGUAUGUGGAAGAAAAAAAAUAAUGUUUUUAUUUUCUUUUGACAACUUUGGCUCCUAAUAGUGCUAGUCUUCCUAGCUUGGUAAAACUGUACUGAUUUAGUUGAGCCGUUUGGUCUUCAUAUGAAGUAUUAAAUAUUGCAGAAUAAGAAUGAUAAUAUUAUCUUCUUUUUUUUUAGAUGAGUUGGUGGAUUUUAAAGAACAGAAGAUUCCAUUGGAAUUUUAAAUCUGUACAAUUAAAAAAAAGAAAAUUAAAUGUCCUGUCGUAAUGUGAUUUUUUAAAAAAUAUUAAAAAAGAGAUACAUAAUAAACGUAUCAAACUGUGCUUUUUAACGAAAGAAAGAAAACAAUAGUACAAAUACUCU